AUGCAAAAAGAACGAAGUGUUUACCAAACACGCAUUAAGACAAUAUUCAAAAAACUACUGUACAUAGUAUUGUUCAUUUCACUAUUCUGUUUAUUAUGGCAUUUAUGUCAUCAUUUAUAUCGAAAGAAUGCAAAACCAUGGAAACUACUAUUAUGGAGCAAGUCAUCAGGGAUAUUUUCAAAUGAUGAAGAAUUUGAAACUUUUAAAGUUCGCCCAAAAGGUUUACUGGAGAAGAAUUUGAAACUGCCUAACUUAUUAGAUAUUUCAUGGCCUAUUCCACCAGUUGCUAAAGUACCAAGUGGAAGAUGGCUACCAAAUGAUACAAUAAGUAUGCCUUCUAAGGCAUUUGAACCAAUAUUUAGUAGAAAUCAACGUAAAUUAGUAAAACAUCUCUUAAAUGUAUUCGCUAACAAGAUGUAUGAAAAUGGUUUAGGCGAUAGAUUUAUGAUAUUCGGCGGUACACUUUUAGGUUCCUUUAGACACCAUGAUUUUAUUCCAUGGGAUGAUGAUGCUGAUUUGCUAGUGGAUGGAAAUGUUCAACAUUUGGUGCGAAAAAUAUUCAAAGAUAUUGAAGGCGGCUUUCUACUAUACAGAGAAGGCAAUAUAGACAAAAUGUAUACUAAAAUACUUCCAAAAGAGAAUAAUACAGAAGUCGACGUGGAACAAAGUCGAAAAACUUCAGAAUAUCCAUGGGGUUGGCCAUACAUAGAUAUAUUUUUCUAUUUAUCAAACAAAACUCAUAUAUAUGUUGAAAAUGAUAGAACUUGGUACCCAAAGUCAAUUAUCUUCCCUUUAUACUUUAGACCAUUUGGAAAGACAUGGUAUCCAGCACCAAAAGAUCCGCUGGCAUUCUUAAAGUAUUCUGAUUUCCAUGGUAAUGUGUGUGAAACUGGAUACUCUCAUAUUUUACAGACCUCUCCGCCUGCGCAAAGUAUGUUUUGUAGAGACUUAGGCUACAAAUAUGCAUUUGUUCAACACAACAUUGUGAAUAAAUUCGAAAUGAAAUCAACUGAAUUUCCAAACGGAGGUGAUUCGAAACCAUCUUUCAAUGAAAUUGUUCUAGGGGAAGAAAAUUUAGUAUUUGAAAGCAAGAAUACUCAUCAGUUGAUAAUACAUACAAUUAGACUUCCUGUCCCAUAUCAUAAUACUCAAGUUGAAACAUAUGGUUUGAGUUACAGACCGUGA